GCCGGGUUUCCGGCCAUGAAGCCACGCGGCACAGAACUGUCCCCUUUUUCUGCAUUCCUUCGGUGACGAUAUCGGGAUAUGUGGCUGGUAUUGCGUGAUUCGGGACCCCGAGGGCGCGUCUGAUAAGCUUUUGUAACACAAACGAGUGUGUACGUCAUGAGAGUAUCUUUUGGGAUCGGGCUAGGCCUUUUGUGCUUUUUUUUUGCCGCGCAAACCAGAGGUGAGCUUGAUUGAGAUUAUGUGUUGAGUAGGAACUUAACGUCCGGAGGAGUUGCCAUGUAAUUUAAUUAGUUACAAAAUGCUACAGAUCGCGGGCCUCCCAUGUGGUGGGAUCGGGACGGUGGGGCUGCGGCUGUACGGCUAUACGAAGAUCAAGGUCGAGCAGCUCUGGACCCGGGGUUCCGGCUCCCCUGGCGGCGAUGGGGGACGACGCCUUGAGAUCGUGGCAAAGGGUGACGUGAGACUAUUUGCAUCUGACUAG